ACACAACGGUGCAAAUUCAACACACAACGUUCGGCAUUCAAGGAUACGCAAUAACAAUAAAAAGGACUAUACAGUAUUUCCAAGGAUGUCUCUGUACAAUAUUUUAUUAUUGGCCAUGACGCUUCUAGUGGGCACCAGUCAGGCUGGUGUUAUUGGCCACUAUGACGGCAAAGGAGUGCAGUCACAUGAUUUCAGCGAUGAUUUGGCCAAGAGCGCCUCGGCCCAAUACGAAUCGUUGGGUUCCUUGGGCGAUCAUUUGGAUAAGUCGCAUUUCCCCUCGGACUUUGGUGAAAGUCAGCAUCAUCAUCAGGGAGAUGAAUACGCUGAACGCAGCGAACAUAUUGAGUACGGUGCUCCAUCCUAUGAGCAUGAAUUCCAUCAGCCACAACAUUUCGAGUAUGAACAUCAGUUCCACAGCGAGUUGCAUGAUUUCGAUACAAAACCAGUGCCUGGUAUCAACCAUGGCAAGGGGGCUCUGAGCUAUAGCACCACCUAUGAAUUCCCCAAGGAUAAUAAACCUUAAGAGAAGGAGGAGUAAUGUGUUUAAU